GUAGAGAUGGUGUCGUGGGACUCCGUACCAACAGGGGGCAGAAUAACACACAUAUUCAUAUAUCAGGAACCAUGCGUAUAAACAACAAUAUAGUCUCCGUCUUUUUGUUAGAUUUAUUUUGCAAGCGGUUGGAUCGAACUGAUUAGCAACAGCUAGCAAAGAGGGGUGCGGCAUGGCGGGUCGCGGCCGCGGUCGGGGACGCUCAAACCUGACCUUCAGCAUCGAGGCUAUGGGCUUCGCCAAGGGAGAAGGGCUCCCUCCAUCCAUUCUGCAACCAACACCUCUGUUCCCACCAAUGGAACACAAGCCGGUUCCCCUGGCGACAGGCGAGGAGGCCGAGUACAUGCAGGCUCUGAAACAAGAGUUCAGAGGAGCCAUGAAAACCCUGCCCUUCUAUAUCAGACCUGCUGCUCCCAAGACAGACGUGGAGCGCUACUCUGAUAAGUACCACAGUGGGGAACCUGCGGACAACGUGAUAGACUGGAAGCCAGACUGGAGUCGGCUGCCUAAAGAACUUCGUAUCAGAGUCCGAAAGCCUGUGGAGAACCGGGUUUCUCUUCCUGUUGAUCGCAUGGACAGAAGUUCAGCCAAUCACAACCUCAGUAAGAAAGAAGAUGUACUGUUAAAGCUGGAGGCGCUCGAGAAGGGUGAGAAGGCCGGCAGCUCAGAGGAUGAGGAUGAGGACGAGGCGAAGAAGAAACAGAAGGAGGAGGAGGGGACAGAAGGAGAGGAGGAGUACGAAGAGGAGGAGCUUGAGGAGGGAACGGACUACAUCAUGUCCUACUUUGACAACGGAGAAGACAAUGGAGGUGACAGCGAUGAAAACCUGGAUGAGGCUGUCUACUGACCAAGAU